CCCGCUGUCGCUGGGACCUCGUGUCAUCGCCCACCCUGAGCACGAUGCUCCCCAAAAAGGGAGGUGAUGGAAUUAAACCACCCCUAAUCAUUGGAAGAUUUGGAAUCUGCUUGAAAAUUGGUAUUGUUGGAUUGCCAAAUGUUGGGAAAUCUACCUUCUUCAGUGUAUUAACCAAUAGUCAGGCUUCAGCAGAAAACUUCCCAUUCUGCACUAUUGGUCCUAAUGAGAGCAGAGUACCUGCGCCAGAUGAAAGGUUUGACUUUCUUUGCCAGUACCACAAACCAGCAAGCAAAAUUCCUGCCUUUCUAAAUGUAGUGGAUAUUGCUGGCCUUGUGAAAGGAGCUCACAAUGGUCAAGGCUUGGGAAAUGCCUUUUUAUCUCAUAUCAGUGCCUGUGAUGGAAUCUUUCAUCUAACAUGUGCUUUUGAAGAUGAUGAUAUCACGCAUGUUGAAGGAAGUGUAGAUCCUAUUCGAGAUACAGAAAUAAUACACAAAGAACUUCAACUUAAAGAUGAGGAAAUGAUUGGGCCCAUUAUAGAUAAACUAGAAAAAGUGGCUGUGAGAGGAGGAGAUAAAAAAUUAAAACCUGAAUAUGAUAUAAUGUGCAAAGUCAAAUCCUGGGUUAUAGAUCAGAAGAAACCUGUUCAUUUCUGUCAUGAUUGGAAUGACAAAGAGAUUGAAGGGUUGAAUAAACACUUAUUUUUGGCUUCAAAACCAAUGGUCUACUUGGUUAAUCUUUCUGAAAAAGACUACAUUAGAAAGAAAAACAAAUGUGGGGCCUUGGAACUCAAGUUGCAAGAAUUGAGUGCUGAAGAGAGACAGAAGUAUCUGAAAGCAAACAUGACACAAAGCGCUUUGCCAAAGAUCAUUAAGGCUGGGUUUGCAGCACUCCAACUAGAAUACUUUUUCACUGCAGGCCCAGAUGAAGUACGUGCAUGGACCACCAGGAAAGGAACGAAGGCUCCUCAAGCUGCAGGAGAGAUUCACACAGAUUUUGAAAAAGGAUUCAUUAUGGCUGAAGUAAUGAAAUACGAAGAUUUUUAAGAGGAAGGUUCUGAAAAUGCGGUCAAGGCUGCUGGAAAGUAUAGACAACAAGGCAGAAAUUAUAUUGUUGAAGAUGGAGAUAUUAUCUUCUUCAAAUUUAAUACACCUCAGCAACCGAAGAAGUAAUACAUUU